AAAGAGAGAGAGGGAGAGAAGAGAGAGAGAGAAAGAGAGGGUGAGAGAGAGGGAGGCCUGUCUGACUGCUGGAGAGAGAACCUGAUGGCUUGGGAGGGAAAGGAAGAACCGUGUACCCCCCCUCUGUGUACCCCUAACUACAGAGAGGGGGCAUCGUGACAUCUUGGAUUAAAAAAAGAGAAUACAGCACAGACAUCUGGUUACAGAAUCCCCCAAAAGAACCAAAAGGAAUGUUGGAUCGUUUCCCCCAGGGAAGAUGGAGACCCCAGGCUUGAUGGUGGAAAAUACGGCCAAAUUGUUAUUCCUGUAGAAUUUAUGGUACGGAACAUCGCAGGAUGAAAGGACAGGGCAGAUGAUCGGCUGUGGAUGCCACAGGCGCUCCGUAUACAUUCGAUCAACUUUAUAUAGAUCUGCAUAUGAAUGCACGUAUCCAGCAUUUCCUCACUCUGGAAUGAUCCGCGUGAGACGUCCGACAGCCGCACUCUCUCCGAUAAACUGUCACAGCUCACAAACGCUAGAGACUACUUCGCAUGGAGGUACAAAUGACUGUUGCCUCCAGCAGGCUUGAAGCUGUCAAAACCCUUCUGUUUGUCUGGUUCAGCAGCGGGAGGGAGCAGUAGUGUUGGUAGAAGUGAAGGAGGGGGGGUCGUUAGAAGAGAGGAAUAAAAAGUCUCCGGCAAACUCCAUAUCGACAACAUGGCUUCCCCUGUGAACCAGCAGCUGCUGCAUCAUACGGAGGUGAGGUGCGAUGGUAGCGGUGACUGCAGUAGCGUAACUGUUAGAAUUAACAGACAGCACCACCAAGGCCCGUCCAGACGUUGCAAAUACAGCAUAUCGUCCAGUUGCAGCUCGGGAGAGUCGGGGGUUAAGAAGAGCGGGGGUUCUGGUGGGGUUCGAAGGCAGAAGAAGCUCCCUCAGCUUUUCGAGAGGUCCACAUCUAACUGGUGGAACCCAAAAUUUGACUCCAAUAAUUUAGAGGAGGCCUGUGUGGAGCGAUGCUUCCCACAGACCCAGCGGAGGUUCCGUUACGCUCUUCUGUACCUCUCGGUGUCAGGACUGCUGUGGAGCAUCUACUUUGGUGUCCACAUGAAAUCCAGGCUCGUUGGCCACCUAGUUCCUACCCUGUGCUUCCUUAUGGUGUGCCUAGGAUUCUUUGUAUUUACCUUCACCAAACCCUAUGCCCGUCACUGCACGGCAGUCUCUUUGCUUGUCACCCUGCUGGUCUUUGCUUUGACUUUGGCCUCCCAGUUUCAGGUGCUUACCCCCGGAAUUGAUAUUGACGAAGACUCCAACAUCACCAACAUCACCUCUCUCCCGGUACCCAGAUCCUCGCUGUGUCUGUCCCAGGUGGGCAGUUUCUCUAUCUGUGUGGAAGUUCUUCUUUUGCUCUACACGGUCAUGCACUUACCCCUGUACCUCAGUGCCUGCCUUGGGGUGACGUACUCUAUACUCUUUGAGACAUUUGGAUAUCACUUUAGGGAUGAGGGGUGCUUUGCCCCAUUGGUGGACAGGAAAGCUCACUGGGAGCUGUUGAGUAAAGCUCUACUUCACGUCUGUAUCCAUGCUAUUGGUGUCCACCUCUUCAUAAUGUCCGAAGUCCGUUCACGAAGCACUUUCUUGAAAGUUGGUCAGUCCAUUAUGCAUGGAAAGGACCUGGAAGUAGAGAAAGCCCUCAAAGAGAGGAUGAUCCACUCUGUCAUGCCAAGGAUCAUUGCGGAUGAUUUAAUGAAACAGGGAGACGAUGACAGCGAGAACUCUGUGAAGCGCCAUGCCACUUCUAGUCCAAAAAGCCGCAAAAAGAAGUCUUCCAUCCAGAAAACGCCCAUAAUCUUCAGGCCCUUCAAGAUGCAGAGAAUUGAGCAGGUGAGCAUCCUCUUUGCUGACAUUGUGGGGUUCACCAAAAUGAGCGCCAACAAAUCUGCUCACGCCUUGGUAGGGCUCCUCAACGACCUUUUUGGCCGCUUUGAUCGACUAUGCGAGGAGACAAGGUGUGAAAAAAUUAGUACGCUGGGGGAUUGCUACUACUGCGUGGCAGGUUGCCCAGAGCCACGGGCAGAUCAUGCCUACUGCUGCAUUGAGAUGGGCCUUGGCAUGAUUGAGGCGAUUGAACAGUUCUGCCAGGAAAAAAAAGAAAUGGUCAACAUGCGGGUUGGAGUUCACACCGGCACGGUUCUCUGUGGGAUCCUGGGCAUGAGGAGGUUUAAAUUCGAUGUGUGGUCCAACGAUGUCAACCUCGCCAACUUAAUGGAACAGCUAGGGGUCGCCGGAAAAGUGCACAUUUCCGAAAAAACUGCCAAGUACCUGGAUGAUCGUUACUUGAUGGAAGACAGUUUGGUGGUGGAACGCGUUGGGCAAAUUGUAGCCGCCGAUCAACUGAAAGGUUUAAAGACCUUCCUAAUCUCUGGGCGCAAACCCCGUGUUCCGAGCUGCAGCUGUUCUCAGACUCUUCUUCCUGCCCAGGAGGGGGCAGAUUCCAGCAGCCCAUCGCCGGCGGGCGCCUGCCAAGGGAUCCUCUCUGCGGACAGUGCCAGCGAAUCCCUCGUGCACUGUGCUCAUCCAGAGAUACUCAAGAGCUGCCCUUCUUGUGGAGACACCGGGAGCCGCGAGGGAGCGGAGGAAGCGGCCCCCGCGGCAAAUGGAGGCCAAGAUGAGUGGAAGGGAGGAACCAGCCGGCCCUCAGCCAUUGGACGCCACUUGAAAAGCCAAAAUGGCCUCCUGAGCCCACCCCAGGAAGAUACGUUGACCAACAGCCAGGCUUCUUUGUAUGAGAUGCUGCAGGAGAAGGGCCGGUGGUGCGGGGUCAGCAUGGAUCAGUCGGCCCUGCUCCCUCUCCGCUUCAAAAACAUCCGCGAGAAGACCGAUGCCCACUUUGUAGAGGUCAUCAAAGAGGACAGCCUUAUGAAAGAUUACUUCUUCAAGCCGCCCAUUAACCGUUUCAGUCUGAACUUCCUCGACAAGGAGCUGGAGACCUCAUACAGAGCCAGCUACCAGGAGGAGGUGAAGCGCAUGGCUCCGGUGAAGACGUUUGCCAGUGCCACCUUCAGCUCUCUUCUGGACGUCCUUCUAAGUUUUGUUAUCUUCCUGCUCCUGUCCAUCACCUGCUUCCUAAAGCCAGGCACAGACCCCGUUUUGCCUCCUCCGUCGGUGCUUAUAGUCCUGGCAGUCUGCGGUCUUCUCGGCUUGCUUUCCCUGCUCGUGUCUGUCAGGAUGGCGUUUUACCUGGAAGACAUGAUGCUGUGUACCCGGCACUUUUUGGAAAUGAUCUCAGGGUGGUUGCCCCGUCACUUCAUUGGGACCGUCCUUGUGUGCCUCCCUGCGACCGUGGUCUUCUCUUACUUCACAAGUGACUUCUACACAGAUAUACAUUAUACCAUGUUUCUGUGCUCUGCUCUUCUCAUCCCCAUGGUUCAGUACUGUAACUUCUGCCAGCUCAGUUCCUGGCUACGCUCCAGCCUUGCCACCGUUGCUGGUGCCAGUAUGCUGAUACUGCUCUAUAAGCCCAUCUGCCAGGAAAGACUCUCAGUGACCGAUGAGCCCGACAUGGAGGCAAACUACACCUUCCCGUUGCUGCUCCAGAACAACCUGAACUCCAGCGGUUCUGGGAGUCCUCUCUCGCGCCUUGGUCAGGAGUUAGCCGUGUCCUAUUUUCUCCUUCUCCUGUUGGUGUGGUUCCUAAACCGUGAGUUUGAGGUCAGCUAUCGGCUGCAUUACCAUGGGGAUGUAGAGGCCGACCUUCACCGCACCAAGAUACAGAGCAUGCGCGACCAGGCGGACUGGCUUCUCCGUAACAUCAUCCCUUACCACGUGGCCGAGCAGCUGAAAGUCUCGCAGAGUUACUCCAAGAACCACGAUGAUGCCGGGGUCAUCUUUGCCAGCAUCGUCAACUUCAGCGAAUUCUACGAGGAGAAUUACGAAGGGGGUAAGGAGUGCUACCGUGUACUCAAUGAGCUGAUCGGGGACUUUGACGAGCUGCUCAGAAAGCCACACUAUUCUUGCAUCGAGAAGAUCAAGACCAUUGGGGCGACGUACAUGGCUGCUUCUGGGCUUAAUCCAUCCCAGUGCCAGGACAGCAGCCAGCCUCACCGCCAUCUGCAGACGUUGUUCGAAUUCGCGAAGGAAAUGAUGAGCGUGGUGGACGACUUCAACAACAACAUGCUUUGGUUCAAUUUCAAGCUUCGCAUAGGCUUUAACCACGGGCCCCUGACAGCCGGUGUGAUCGGGACCACCAAAUUGCUUUAUGAUAUAUGGGGAGACACGGUGAACAUUGCCAGCAGAAUGGACACGACGGGCGUUGAGUGCCGCAUCCAGGCGAGCGAGGAAAGUUAUAGGGUCCUGGUGAAAAUGGGGUAUGACUUCGAUUACAGAGGGACGGUCAACGUCAAGGGGAAAGGGCAGAUGAAAACGUACCUGUAUCCGAAGUGUACGGACAACGGGGGUUUAGUGCCCCAUCAUCAGCUGUCCAUCUCACCCGACAUCCGGGUCCAGGUUGAUGGGAGCAUAGGGCGCUCGCCCACAGAUGAAAUCAGCAGCCUGGUGACUGGUGGAAAGGGGUCAGCGGAUGUUGGAGGUGGGGAAGCAGGACGGAGGAGGGAAAAGCCAGAGGAACGUGGCCGGGAUGGAGGAGCUCGGUGAGGGACGUGUAAAGGAGACGGACCAGACAGUUCGGGGGCCGCCCAGUGAUGCAAGAAGACUGGCGUCCUGGAGCCUUCACGCUCUUCACGUUGCCAGCUCAUAGACAUUUUCACUAUUUACCGAGGGCCGCUGCAUCGUGCCGCAACUCAAUGUCUUAUGGUGAUGUUGACUCGCAAUGGCUGUCUAUGUGGCUGGCUCUUUUCAUUCUUCCUGGCUGUGUACCGGCAGCUGUCUGCCUCCUUUGUGCUCCUCAUGAACCGCCAUCUAAAGAGAGUCGGGGCAGCUGAAUAAGUCAUUACUCUGUGGACGGGAUCAUCCACACCGCGUUACUUAGUCGAGGCUGGCCGUAGAGCUGCUUUAGUUUGGCGUUAGUGAAUACCUGCCCGCUCUGCUUAAUGGGUGGAAGCUCUUCAUUCGACUGUUGCGAGAGCACUUACCGCUUUGUGUUGAUUCUGACCGAAGGUCCAUGCAGAGACUAGGCAAGCAGAUAAACUUAAAGAUCUUCCUCGUUUCACCCUGCCCUACCCCACCUCAUGACUCUUCUUUUACCACCUACUGUCAGCCAUACUGAGGAUUGAUCCAAGUGCCUUCUGCUCUCUGGGGAUCACUACUUACCCCCAGGCGAGGGGACAGUGACACAUUGCCGCAAUUCUUGCUAAACUUGCCAAAAGCAUGCGCCUCUCUGGACUGCUACCCACCCUAGAGGGAAAAAGUAUGUGUUUAGGGACAGAGUGGAAAAGUAACUUUUUUUUUAUUAUUAUUAUUAUUAUUAAUCCUUUGAGUGUCAGACUGAUGCCUCACCAUUUGGUUCUAGAAGGGUUAAUGGGGAAGGGGUUGGAACUUUUUCAGUACUUUCCUAAGACCAUAAGAUUGUAAUGUGUUUUUGUUAACACUUUAGCUGCCUACCUGGAUCCAUUAGCCGUCCCCCCCGCCAACCAAUUUUUACGAUGUAAGCAAAAAAAAAAAGUAUAUAUA